CAACUCUACAAACCAAGUAAACAAUGGCUACUCAAUUCUUCUCCAUUUCCUACUUCAUUUCUCUGUAUGUUGUUCUCCUUCUCUCCUUCUCCCAUUUGUCUCUCGCAAUCGUCCCUCCCUCUGCUAAUGUAUCGCAGGAUGCAGCUUGCAGAUCGACCCCUUACCCUUAUUUCUGCAAAUCCGUGCUCCCACGAAACGAGAACCGCAAUAUCACCGACUAUGGCCGGUUUUCUGUUCGUCGGUCUCUUUCAGCUGCCAGGAAGUUUCUGGGCCUGGUUGAUCGAUACCUCAGAAACCGAUCCAAUUUGUCCCAAGCAGCCAUCCGAGUUCUCGAAGAUUGUAGGCUUCUUGCUGGACUAAAUAUUGAUUUUUUGUUCAGCUCUUUUAAAACCCUGAAUUCUACCAAAAUUCUCCCUAGCUUAGAAGCCGAGGAUGUGCAAACACUUCUCAGUGCCAUACUGACUAAUCAACAAACUUGUUCUGAUGAAAUCCAAGUGACAGAAUCGGCUUGGAGAGUGAGAAAUGGCAUGUCCCUGCCUCUCUCUAAUGACACCAAACUAUACAGCGUUUCUCUAGCCCUGUUCACUAGAGGUUGGGUUUACAAGCACAAAGGAAAGAGACGGAAACCAAAGCCGGGAAGGAAGCUCAUAUUUUCAGACAUGGAAGUUGUUCGACAUGGACACCUACCCUUGAGAAUGUCAAGACGCAACCGGGAGAUUUAUGAGUAUGUUGGUAGGAGGAAGCUUCUUCAGAAUAGCAUGGAGUCUGUUUUGGUGAGGGACAUCGUGGUUGUGAGCCAAGAUGGGAAUGGAAACUUCACUACCAUCAACGACGCAGUUGCUGCAGCUCCUAACAAUACCAAAAUUGACGAUGGUUACUUCUUGAUUUACAUCGUCGGCGGCGUGUACGAGGAGUAUGUAUCCAUCGCAAAAAACAAGAAGAAUUUGAUGAUGAUCGGAGAUGGCAUUAACCAGACUAUUCUCACAGGAAACCACAGCGUGGGAGAUGGUUCGACUACAUUCAACUCUGCAACCUUGGCCGUGGUUGGACAAGGUUUCGUCGCGGUAGAUAUAACCAUCCGUAACACCGCCGGACCAGCCAAGGGCCAGGCAGUGGCGGUCCGAAAUGGGGCCGACUUGUCAACUUUCUACAGUUGCAGCUUCCAAGGGUAUCAAGAUACCCUGUAUACGCAUUCACUGCGCCAAUUCUACAGAGAAUGUGACAUCUACGGGACGGUGGAUUUCAUAUUUGGGAAUGCAGCUGUUGUGUUCCAGAAUUGUAAUAUAUAUGCUCGGCAGCCUCGGAAAGGCCAAGGUAAUGCCAUCACUGCUCAAGGUCGAACGGACCCAAACCAGAACACCGGCACAUCCAUUCAGAACUGUAGUAUCAAAGCAGCAGCAGAUCUAGUGGCUAGCAAUUUCACAACUAAGACAUACCUGGGGCGACCAUGGAAGGAGUACUCCAGGACGGUGUACAUGCAAUCCUUCAUUGAUAGCUUGGUAGAACCUUCUGGUUGGAGCAUAUGGACUGGUGACUUCGCAUUGAGUACGCUGUACUACGCCGAGUACAACAAUUGGGGACCCGGAUCGAACACCAGCAACAGAGUUACAUGGCCCGGUUACCAUGUCAUCAAUGCAACUGAUGCCGCCAAUUUCACAGUCUCCAACUUCAUAUUGGGAGAUGCUUGGAUACCUGCAACAGGGGUUCCUUACUAUGGCGGCCUACUAUGAGAAUACAGAAUCACCUGCUGCCCAUGUUUACUCUGUUUCCUUUUAUUCAUCUUAUUCCUGCAAUUUGUAUUGGUGAUGGAUAAAUGCCGAAGGGCUUGUUUACUAAUAAUCACUUUAACAGCCUAGUUAAUGUA